GCACAUGUCAAACACGGGUCUAACAUGGCAACAUCCCAUUGUACGACUUUGCUGUUAAAAAGUACUUAUACGUUAGCUUUAAAGUCAACGAUACAAUGCGGCAUAAGGCCAUAUAGUUGGACUAAAAUCUUAUAUCGUUCCGCUUCUCAAAAUGUUCGCAGCAGUUUAUAUGAGCAUGUUCGUUCCGGUUACAGCCACAAGCCCAUUCUGGACAUGUCACGCGUUUGCGAUGAAACUGAUCAAGUUGUGGCUGAAGUUGACAAGCGUAAAGGGGAUCUGCGAGGAGAGGACGUCAGAGACAUUGUGGUGGUAUGGCAGAAACUGCAAGAGGUCCGCGAGAGGAUCACAUCACUAGAGGAACAGAAGAGGAGGACAAGUGCCACUGUCAAAAUGCUUGUGGAGCAGCACAGCAAGACAGAGCUGUCCAAUUUGACAGAGUACAAGAGGGCCCGAGAGGAAGGGAGGGAGAUUCGGAGGACACUCACUCAGCUGCUGGUCCAAGAGGCGGAGCUAGAGGAGGCUCACUACCUGCAGGCGCUGCGGCUGCCAAACCGCUCCCAUCCCGAUGUGCCUGUUGGGGAUGAGAGCCAGGCCAGAGUCAUUGAGCACGUUGGCAAGAAGCCAGAGUUUGAUUACAAGGUCAGGGGUCAUCUGCAGAUCGGUGAGAAUUUGGACAUCAUCAGGCAACGACGCCUGGCCCACGUGUCGGGCCACAGGUCGUACUACCUUCGAGGGGCCGGCGCCAGACUGCAGACCGCCCUGCAGAGCUUUGUCCUGGACAAGCUCCAGAACCGCGGCUUCAUCCAAAUGUCUGUGCCUGACAUGCUGAAAGGAGCUGUGUUUGAAGGCUGUGGGAUGCAGCCUAAUGCCCACCGCUCCCAGGUGUACUCGCUGGACCGAGACCGCUUCCCUGACCUCAACCUGGCUGGAACAGGAGAAGUGGGGGUCGCAGGUUACUUCAUGGAUCAUGCUGUCAACUGGAAAGACCUCCCUGUCAGAACGGUGUGCAGUAGCACGUGUUACCGUGCGGAGACGGACACCGGCCGGGAGACCUGGGGCCUCUACAGGGUGCAUCACUUCAACAAGGUGGAAAUGUUUGGGGUGACCGCUGAUGAGUCCGGGGACGAGAGCUCUCAGUUGCUGCAGGAGUUUGUCUCCAUCCAGAAAGAAAUCUACUCAGCCCUCCAACUCCAUUUUAGAGUCCUUGAUAUGCCCACUCAGGAGCUCGGUCCUCCAGCCUACAGGAAGUACGACAUCGAGGCCUGGAUGCCCGGCCGGGGCAGCUUCGGAGAGAUCUCAAGUGCCUCCAACUGCACAGAUUACCAGAGCCGCCGGCUGAGCAUUCUCUACGAGAGAGAGGACGGUAGUCUACGCCACGCACAUACAGUAAAUGCCACAGCUUGCGCCAUUCCCCGUACCAUGAUUGCUAUUCUGGAAACUCAUCAGAACAAGGAUGGAAGUGUAUGCGUACCUCAAGCUCUCCAGCCCUACAUGGGCACCAAAGUCAUCACUAAGCCAGAUUACUUACCAUUAAAAUACAUAGGGCCAAACCAGCCCAACCAACAGAUGCGGCCAGCAAAGAAAUAAUGUAUAUCACUCAGUGUAAUAUUAAAAUGUGUAUUGAUGUUUUAAUGUACUGUAUAAAGUCAUUAUUGUGUAUUAUGUAUAAAGUCGGCACUUCAAGUAAAAUUAAAUUCUAAGAGACAGCUGGUACUUGUGGUAUUGAAUUAUUUCAAGGCAGUGGGAAAUGUUCAAAAACAAAACACUGGCUAAGCAGAAACAAUAUAAUAGAAAUUGCAUAGAAAUGGCAUAUAAACUCACUGGCCACUUUAUUAGUUACAUCUCGAUAGAACUGGGUUGGACUCCUUUUUGCCAUCAGAACUGUCUCAACUGCCCAUGUGACGAAGAUGUUCCUACACAGUUCGUCCCCCUCGAGCGCCGAGUUCUAAGUCACAAUUCUCAACUGUUUGCCGAUUGGCUAAUCUUUAGGUGGAAA